GGUGAGUGAUGUUAUGUUAGUCACUAUUGACAUACAAAAGCUGACGCCUGAAACACAACAUAGAAUGCACAUUGCCUAGUACCAAAUAAAAGUGCUUUGACGCUUGGCAUAUAUGACAGUUGCUCUCAGUGACAGGCAGGGCAUUCUGCUUGCUCUAAUUCCAGUCACAGUGCGCCGCCAUCCGUCACUGGGUUUGUUUAUGUCAGGCCUCGCCCUCUGUCUGUCACUUCCUGUUUCAGGCCGGCCGGUCUCAGCUGCGCCUUCUCUCAGUUUAGGCCUGUGGGGUCCCGAUGGAUUUUACUUAGCUUUUACCGGCUGCGGUGCGUCUGCCUCUCCCGUUGUACACUCAGAAUAGUGCAGCAAUGGCCUCGGCCGCUACUUGCCCCGCUCUCUGCUGCUGCUGCCGCCCUCUACACACACGGCCUGUCACGGGCAGUCCUGUUGCUCCUGUUCCCCCUGCGCCGCCAGACCCCGCUUCGGCCUCCAGUUUUCAGCUUUAUCGCUUACACCACUUCCAUCUGGGCCUGGAGCUACGACCGGAGUCCCGGGAGCUGGCCGGUUGUUUAGUGUUAGAACUCAGCUGUCUCCUGCCAGGAGGUCCGGCUCUCGUCCUGGACACACACCCAGCAACCAGGGUGAGUUCAGUGAGGUGCCGAAGAACAGGGGGAGGAGAGGGGGAGAGCACGGAGCGCUCAUAUGCCUACACCAGCUCACUGAGCAAACACAUUGGCCGCUAUAACGAGUGCUCCUGGCCUGCACAAGAGGAUUGUGUGGGACUUCCAAAGCCUCCAUUCAGCCCCCAGUCAUGUGAUGGCUUGUGGUAUGUUACACCCGAGUCUCCCUUGCCAAGUCUGCCUCCUUCAAGGUGCUCUCCUGUGGUAACCCCCGAGCCCCUCGACCUGUCUGCACCCAGUUCUCUCAUGGACUCUCCUAAUGACAAGGCCACUCCAUGCCCACCUUUAAAUGGCCACUGUCCUCCAUCAACUGCCUCCAGACGUGGGUGCCUAAAUCCUCAGCCCUCCUUAUAUGGCUGUCCUCCACCAGCUGAUUUUCUAUUCCAUUCCUCCUCGUGUUAUACUUUGUCCCCAGACGCUGAGGGCAAUGGUGUUCCACCUGCUACAAACCCAAACUUGCCAUCUGGGGAGCUGCUGUCCAACACACUCAGUGCCCCCUGUGUGCUUCAUAGUGCCAAGAACUCCGUUCCCCCUUAUUCUACUUGUUGCUUCCCAUUGGACUUCAGGGUUGAAGAAUUCACAGACUAUGGAUCUGCACUUACCAUCUCUGUGCCCGAAAACCUACGAACUAAUGAAACGUUCCAAGUUAUUAUUCAUUAUAUCACUGGUGAAGGGCCUGCGGUAUGGUGGUUGGAUCCAGAACUUUCCUAUGGAGGCUCUCAGCUGUUUGUCUUCACUCAGGGACACUCUGUCUGUAACCGCUCCUUCUUCCCCUGCUUUGAUACUCCAGCUGUCAAGUGUACUUACUCCGCUUCAGUCAAGGCUCCUGCUGGAAUUCAAGUACUCAUGAGUUGCACUCAUAGUUAUUUCAUAGAGGAGUUAGGUGUCUCUCACUUCUACAUGGAGCAUCCUGUUCCUGCCUACUUGGUGGCCCUAACAGCUGGUCACCUUCUACCUGCAGACAUUGGUCCCAGGAGUCGGGUAUGGGCUGAACCCUGUGUACUGCAAUUAGCAGUGGCAAAGUUGGCUGGCCGAGUAGAGCAAUGGCUGCAAGCAGCAGAGAGUCUUUAUGGUCCGUAUAUAUGGGGAAGGUAUGAUAUAGUCUUCCUGCCCCCUUCCUUCCCAAUUGUUGCGAUGGAAAAUCCAUGCCUGACAUUCGUUAUCUGCUCCAUUCUGGAUAGCGAGGACUUCCUGCUUAUAGAUGUUAUUCAUGAAAUUGCACAUGGCUGGUUUGGAAAUGCAGUGACAAAUGCAAGUUGGGAGGAAAUGUGGUUGAGCGAGGGCCUAGCAACCUAUGCCCAGCGUCGCAUCACUACGCGAGUAUAUGGUGCUGCUUUUACUUGCCUAGAAACCACAUUCCGGCUGGAAGCUUUACAUAGACAAAUCCGAAUACUUGGCCAGGAUACUCCAUUGAGCAGAUUACAAGCCAAACUGGAUCCAGGUGUGAACCCAAGUAACCUCAUGAACUUAUUCACAUAUGAGAAGGGCUUCUGCUUUGUGCACUAUCUAUCACAGUUAUGCGGAGAUCCGGACAAUUUUGAUGCCUUUCUCAGGGAUUACAUUGAGAAAUUCAAGUUCCGCAGUGUUGUGGCACAUGAGCUUCUAGAGUAUUACCUUCACUUUUUCCCCCAUUUGAGAGAUGAAACCACAGGAAGACAUGAAGGUCUGGAGUUUGAACGUUGGUUAAAUGCCCCAGGACCUCCCCUUUCCCAGCCAGAUUUGUCUCAGGGAUCAGUGUUCACGGGACCUGUGGAGACCCUCAGUCAGCUUUGGAUGUCUGAACCUCUGGAUGUUGAAGCCGCUUCUUCAUUUGCCAAUAUCACAGACUGGCAAACCUUUCAAACAGUGCUCUUUUUAGACAAGCUACUUGAUAAAUCUCCGCUUAGACCAGAGGUAAUGAUGCAAUUGUCCCUGUGUUAUUCUGCUGAUCUGGCUACAUUGAACACUGAAAUUAGGAUUCGAUGGUUGCAGAUUGUGGUGAGAAACAAUUUCCAACCAGAUUUGCCCCAAAUACGUCACUUCCUGCUCUGCCAGACAUCCAGGAUGUACACUAUCCCGCUGUACGAGGACCUAAGCUCUGGGCCUUUAAAAUCUUGUGCUUUAGAAAUCUUUUAUCAGACUCAUGGACGGCUGCACCCAAACCUUCGCAAAACUAUACAGCAAAUCCUGGCUCAGGGUGGUUCAACGCUACAGCCUGAAUCUGCUGUCCCUGUUCUGGCAACUGAGCUCUGUGCACAAAGUCCAAGCUCUCUCAGGGAUGUGAAUGUUACAGCAUGACAGAGCUGAGGCUGCUACUUUGUACUAGUAACUGGAUACUAAUUUAAGCAGACUGUGCCUUGUGCUGUCUUUGUCUGUGAACAUUGGGUUUAUGCAUAAUGAACUUUGCACAGGAGGAGAUAAGCCCUGUCUUUUGAACACUCAGGAGGGGGAAGAAUAAAACCCCCAAGUUUAGAGAACUUUCCAUACUUUAAUCCUGAAGAAGGAAAUGCCAACUGUUUAUCUUACUGGGCUUCAAGAGUCUGCUAUAGGUUAGCUGGAUGUGUUUCAGAAUUUCUAUGCACCAUUGCACCAUCCAAAUUAUUUUAAAGUUUACACCUAAAUGUGUUCAAAUUAAACUUAUUCAACUGUCAUUUGUACAUUUUAACAUAGCUUUGCGAUAUUCUCUUUAUAUUGGCACUGUUCAAAACUGCCUUAUAUUGCAAACCUUUACAAAACACAUUAAGUAAAUGGCUACCUUGUGCUAGCUAGUCAGUGCACUCAAUCACUGAUAGGGUGGUAAGCGAUAUAAUCUGAACAAAUCAGAUGGUUUUAGUAGAUUUAAAUUUAAUUUUUGUGGUGUAAAGUGACUUUUAAGCUUUUGUUUCAGUAAGAUAUUUUAUACAUGCAUACACCUGCUGCUGAGGAUAGAACCUCUUCUUGUAUUCAUUUUUAUUUUUUUUACCUUUUUUGGUCCCUCUACUUCCUUGAUAAUUUUAAUUAGCGUUUUGUUUGCACUCAUUCUUGGAGGGCCUGGAUUGCUCUCCCGCAGUACCCCUGCACCCUCUUAUUUGCAAACUGCAAGCAAUAACACUGGAGUUCGGCUUCUUGAGUUGUUUUUACCCCUGAUAUUUUAUGUGGAAGCCGAGGCUGGAUAAAGCAACUCCAGCUUUUUCCCCCUGUGAUUAUUAUCCCUUUGACUGCUGUUUGCUUUGCCAGUAUCUCUGCUGAGGGAAUUCUUUCACCUUAGAGCUGAUUUGCACAGGCUGACUCGAGCCAUGAACCCUUUACAUUGACAGCUCUGUGUGCAUUUUGUAUACUUUUUAGAUAUGAUUAUUCCCUAUUCCAAUCUAUAACUAACCUACACCUUUUUUUUUUUUUGCUGUGGCUUAGAUAAGUUUUUAAAGCUCACAUUUACUAGCUGGAGGUGAAAUACCUGUUUUGUUAAUCAGAAUUACACCGACUGUUUCAUUUUUAAAGUAAUUUUAAAGUAGAAAAUUAAUAAACAGUGCUGGACUUCA